AUGGUGCAUCGCAUAUUGGGAGAACGCCCUCCACCGGAAGUGAUCAGGGGGAGCGGUUUGCGCUGCACGUGGUUAGUUCAGACCUUCUCGCAUCUCCUCGAAGAUGCUGAUGAAGGCACCAUUUUGAGGUACGCCAAGGCAUACCUCUUAUACUUGAUAGGAGUUGUGUUGUUUGCCGAUAAAACAAACAACCAAAUACAUCUCCUUUACUUAACUUUACUUGACGACCCAUGGGAGCGCAUCGCCGAGUAUAGCUGGGGCUCCGCAGCCCUUGGAUACCUGUAUAGGAGGCUAUGUGGUGCUGCCCACAAUAACAUCAAGGAGAUUGCAGGGCGAGUAGUCAUAUUACAGUUUUUGUGGGACCCAUACCUUGUGGAAGCCUACACAGCUGUAUCCGAACACUCGAGGAUUCAUUCAUGUGCGUGA